AUGGAAGUCAACGGAUAUAAUGACAGUAAUCGCGCCUUUCUCCAGGCCUUCAUGGCCCGCUCAACCAUGACCUUCGAAGAGGCUCAGCCAGUGCUAGCAGCCAUACUCUCCGCUCACCAAGGAGAAACCGUUGAAUCAGAGCAUAUCACCCCAGAGGACCUCAGCUCCUUCGUCGAGACAGCCAACUCCGCAAUCUCUCCCUUUGACCUGGAAAUCAGAACCUCCCGCCGACAAGACCCUCAAGAAACCCACCAAAAUGCCUCAAAUACACCUCCCGUACUAGUCUACGCCCUCGUCAAUACCACCAGCGAUCCCCUAACCCAACUCGCGACCACAUACUCCGCCGACGAAAUCGCAUUCGUCAAGCGAGUCCUGGAUUACAUGUUCGACACGAAUAACACACGCCGAUGCGAGGGGAUGGUUAUAAGCUCCAUGCAAGCCGUCCAACUCCACAAAGCAGGCGGAGACCGUCGGCGAACAACCAAUCUAGGCACGCAACAGGCCGAAGGCGGCGCGGCGCAGAACUUGACUAUGCAUCAGGCGCAGGAUAUGAUGAAGUUGUUGACUGAGGAGGGGUGGUUGGAAGUUAGUAGGAAGGGGAAUUUCAGUUUGAGUCCGCGUGGGCUGAUGGAGUUGCGGACUUGGCUGGUGUCGACGUAUAAUGAUGAGGAUGUGAAUGGGCAGACGGUUCAUCGGAUUAAGAACUGUAAUGCUUGCAAGGAUAUUAUCACGGUGGGCCAACGGUGUGAUGAUCGGAAUUGCUUGGGUCGUCUUCAUGAUCACUGUGUGCGCAAUUUCUUCCGCGCCCGACAGGCAGAGAAAUGUCCUGUCUGCAAAAAAGACUGGUCUGGAGAAAACUUUGUGGGUGAGAGAGCUGUCGAGGCGGCGAAUCGCCCGAGACCGAGUCGGAGUAUGCGACAAGAGACUGAGGCCUCUCCUGAAUUAAUGGAUGAGGAUGCUGGUGCUUCUGAAUACAGUGAAGAAGAGGAGGGUUGA